AUGCAUCUUGCAAAGGUUAUUCCUCUUUCAGAAAUUCCACUAUACAAGAUGGCAUUUGAUGGAUUUGAUACUAAUCAUACAGGAAGAGUUGAUAAAGCAUACUUAGAACCUCUUCUUCGUGCAUUGGGAUUUAAUCCUCAACAAUAUGAAGUUGAAGACAUGAAACUCGAUAUCGGAAAAGAUAAGACAUUCGAUUUUGACUCAUUCAUGCUUAUUGUUUCUCGUCAUUCUAGAGCAGUUGAUACAGAAACAGAAUUAACAGACAUUUUCAAGACAUUAGAUAAAAAUGGAUCAGGCAGAAUUCCAGCAGAUUUGGCCAAAAAGAUCCUACAAAAUACGUUAAAUCCUCUCAAAGAUGAUGAAGUUCAUGAAAUAUUCCAGAAGUUAACUGUAGACGAAGACGGAACAGUACUGUAUAGCGAGCUCGUUCAGUCAAUGCUCGGAUUUUAG